ACAUUGAUAGUAGUUACAUUGUUUAUAGUCUUGAGCCCAUCCACGUGAAAUCAUGACAGAAGUUCUAAAAGCUCUGCAAGAACUCAAUGUCUGUUGGAAGAAGAUAGGGCAUUACAACAUGAAAUGUAGGUGGCUUCCUGGUCUUAAUGAGGGCAUGGUUAACAAUCCUGUGCACAAUAAUCACUACUUUGGGGAUGAAUCAACCAUUAUCGAAAAUGAUGGUGUUACCAAUUCUCGGAAUGUUGUUAAUUUGAAGUGCAGCUUUACAAAACUCGUGAGGGAAGUACCUGCUGAAUCUUCAGAGGGUUCAGGGGCCACAGUUUCUCUUCUUGGAUCUUUGUGCUGCAUUCCUUGCGGGUCCUCUAACAUGAUAAGGCUAUAUUUCCAAAGACCCUUGUGCAUGGAUCUCCUAUGAUGCAUGUGAAUAAGAACAUUCGAUGUAUAUGA